UAUUUUUGUAUUUACCGUGCGCGGUCACACUGCCGUGCUGAAAAAAUGGACGAAGAGCUGCAAAGAAUAAACAACGAUUUAAACGAUGCCUUGUCCAAAUUACUUAGAAGCGCUCCGAAGUGCGAGGGCAGCGCAUUGCAGCAGCGCAAACGGAAAAUUGCCACGCUAAUCCGACUGCACGUGCGGCACCUGCAACAGACGGUGAUCGUGAGCCGCAGGCGUCAACAGCAGCGCACCAGACGUCGCCUCAAACAGUUGCGCUCCCUUUUCAUGCAGCAAAUGAUCGAGCUGCAGUCGAAUUAUGUGCAGAUGUUCGUCAUGCUCCGGAUGAAGCACGCCCAGCUGCAGCACAUCGAGGAUAUGGAGACUGUCAUGGACAACAUUAACACGACCGCUGCCGAAUCCGUGCUGGCAACUGAAACAGUUGGCCCAACGCUAUUUUGGGAGCACACAAUACCCCAGUACAGCGAUGAGCAGUUCCUGGACAGCUUCCAUGUGACCCGCAGCACAUUUCAGUCGCUCUGCAGCCAAUUGUCAUCCAGCCUGCGCACGGUGCCAGAACUAGCGUCGUCUGCGGAUGACAUUGCGCCGGACAAGUGCGUCGGCCUUGCCCUCUAUUUUCUGGCUAGCGGCGAGCGUAUCUCCAUUAUUUCGGAAAAGUUUGCGCUGCCGCGCGCACACACCAUAAAAUGCCUGAAAGUGUUCUGCAAUGCCGUCAUGACCAGCUUGGGCAAGGCGUUGCGCCUGCUGCCCCAGAGCGAGGCGGACUGUGCGAAUGUGGUGGCCGGUUUCCAGCGGGAAUGUAACAUGCCCGCAGCGCUGGUCGGUGUCCUGGGCGUUUGCUGCAUUCCGCUCCGCGGCCCGAGCAAACAAAUCGCUGGCUCGAGUGCCGCACUGCGCAUGGAAUUCCUUUUGGAUGAUCGCAUGCUCUUCCGUGAGCUGCGCCUGGGCAACGCCAAUGGCACCAAGGCGCCGCUGCCACCCAUGUUUGCGGAUGCACCAAACCCACUCACACAGCUGCCGCCGCGCUGCAUCAACAACCGUUCGGUGCCCGCCUUUGUGCUGGCGCCCGCUAACCAAAACUAUCCACUGCGUCCAUGGCUGCUGCAGCGCUAUUCGGAGCCGGCGGCGCCGCACGAGUACGACUUCAACGAGGUGGCCGAUCAUCUGCAGGAGCUGAGCGACUGCGCCAUGCAUCGCUUAAUGUCACGCUGGCGCUUUCUCAGCCAGCCGCUGGACAUCAGCUUCCAGACCGCAUCCUGCAUUAUCACAGCGGCCACUGUCCUGCACAAUCUGCUCGAGGAACUGAGUGAGCCCCAUAUGCUUGAGUGGGGCAACACGGUGGACGUGUCCAGGUUCAAGUCAGCGCCAGUCGAUCCAAAGCCGGACACCAGCGCGGAUAUUGAGCAUGCCUUAGACGUACGCGAUUUUCUGGCGCGUACCAUCAGCUCCACGGAAAUAUAAAUGCCAUUGGCAAGAGGUUAAGACUAUAGUAAGGGUUAAGGGUCUACAUGUUAAGGGGCUCCAGACGAAGAUCAAAUGAUACAUUUUAAAGCUAAAUUAUGCUCUGCAAACUAUUAAACUGAAUUUUCACAGUGUGGAAUAUUGUUAACUGCCAAUAAAUUUUAAAUUAACAAAAAUAA